AUGCCUUCCCCUACGGACUCCGCAGUAGGACUGUUUUCCGCGUGGGAAUUCCAGUGUGUCGGAGUUGCCUACUUCAUUUUUGGAGCUGCCGGCGUGCUGGCCAAUGCCUUCACCAUAGUGACGUUUAUGAGAGAAUCUCCAAUCGGCUCACCCCGUCAUAUACUGCAGCUCAACAUGGCGAUCGCCAACCUUCUGGUCUGUGUACCAUUCCCUUUCUCGGGCUUGUCCAGCUUCCGCGGAAAAUGGCUAUUUGGUGACCUUGGGUGUCAGCUGUACGGCACGGAAUCGUUUCUGGGCGGAAUGGCGGCAUCAACCUUCGUCCCUAUCGUUUGUAUGGAGCACUACCUUGCCAGCUGUAAAAAAGACUUCUACGACACCAUCUCGAGCGGCACGUGGUGGACGGUCGCCAUGUUAUGCUGGAUUUACGCCUCUCUCUGGGCCAUUUUACCUUUGUUUGGAUGGAACAGCUACGCUGUUGAAGCAUCAGGAAUCGCCUGUGGUAUCAACUGGCUGAAGAAGGACGCAAAUCACGUGACCUACCUACAGGCGAUGGUAAUUACAGGAUGCAUUCUCUUUAUCAUGGCCUUCUACGCGCUGUACCAGACACGUGUCUACUGGGAUAGUGUCCAAGUCAAAGCUGACCCUAAACCGGAGUCGAAGAACUGGUUUACAGAGAGACAGCAAGCAUGGAUGUGCCUAGCGUUCAUGCUUAUAAUGAGUAUUGGAUUCGGACCGUACGCCAUCCUUGGCUUGUGGGCAUCACUUACGGACAGCACAUCCGUAUCCACGCUAGCCAUCAUCAUCCCUUCCCUAGCCUGCAAAGCUAGCAGCUGUCUCUAUCCCAUCCCUUACAUUGUGGCCAGCGACAAGUUCCGCGCGGCCUACCUCGGAUAUCGUGUCUCGGAACAGGAGGCCAAAGACAACUGAUUAACGACCAACUGGACAUGUGUGUACAAAGGGCAGAAUUCGACCAGCAAAUCGCUGUAUCAAGCGUAUUUUUCUUGUAACGAAUGUUGACUGAACAUUUUUUUCUUUUUAGUUUUCAGUCAAGAAGGUUGUCGUGUCCGUUUAUGACUGUUUGUGUUUGUACCAGUGAACAAGAGUUGAACAGCUGUUAAAACAGGAUGAACACGAAUUCGUUGUCGUUAGGUCAACAAGCAGCUUGUGUUCUGUGUGCUUACGCAAUGGUGACGCGUCCGUCGUCCGCCUAGCCAACCGUCGUCCGUCUAACGUCAGCAUGUUCCUUUAAUCUGGCAUAUCUGCUGCACACUUGGGUGAAUAAUUAUCGAAUGAAUGAAAUUGCUGUCUUUGAUUCACCUGCAAAAGUCAUAACGUUCAAACAUUUUUAAACUUUAAGGGCUGUUUAAUAUACAAGAAGCAUGAUUGAUGAAAAUGUUUGGUAUAGAAAAUGUUAAAGUGAAAAGCUAUCAGUUUUAGUCAAAUGAAUGCCUUCACUUCACUCUCUUCAUCAUAAAAGUUAGAUACUGAAAUAGUUGACAACUCCCAGGGAAAACAGUCUUGUUGUUCCAACCAACGAAACACGUGCUAAAGAGCCAAGCUGAUAGAAUAAUAGAAUAAUAGAAUAAUAGAACGCAUCUUGACCCAGCAAGAACGUGAUAAAUGACAUCCCUGUGACAUUGUGUAAUAGGUGAGUGUUUCAGGUCUGUUUGGAAAUUUUGUAUUUGUCUUCAAAAAAUUUACUUAUUUUACCUCAGACCCAAUUUGUGUUCGUGAUUGGAUGUUUUAUCCCAUGUCUUGGCAGGUAUUGAAUUGUACAACGUAAUAGACAAAUAAAAGCAAGCCAUUAUACGCUUACUACA